AUGGAAAACCUCCGCUUCAACGUCUCUAAGUGCAAAGUUCUCACCAUCACCAGAAAGAAAAAUCCUAUCAUUCAUGACUACACUCUUGCGAGCGAAAACCUGACUCGAGUAGAUAGCAAAAAAGAUCUUGGAAUUACCACCGCGUCAAAACUUAAUUGGGACAUUCACGCGAACAUCUUCGUCGCGAAGGCCAACAAAAUAUUAGGCGUACUUAGAAGAACUUGUACCAAAUUGAUGGACAUGAAAGCCACACGAACUUUAUAUUUAUCGUUGGUCAAGUCCCAGCUGUGUUAUGCUACAGAGGUAUGGUCGCCGGUUAACAGCGUCCAGAUCUUAAGACGUGUUGAAAAAGUGCAAAGAAGAGCGACUAGGUCGACAACAAUGACAAAGCGAGGCGAACU